UUCUGUAUUUAUGUCAGUCAAAUAUCAAAUUUUUGCCAAUACACCUAAAGUAUCUGCAUAAGCUUGAUAUUCACUUUAGAAAGUAACAAUGCCUUAUUUGUUGUAAUUCAUUUAUUUUAUUUAUUAAGAUAUGGGGCAGAUAAUGUCAACAGGACCAAUCGUAUGCAGAAAAAAGGAUGAACUGCUUCAUCAUGCCUGGAAGUCCCUUGAAUCAAAUUCUGUGAAUGAUAUCAUAAUACUAGAGGUUGAAGUGGAAAUUCGUGGUAUGUUUGGAUAUAUAGAUCCAGAGAAACCCAAAACGAAGGAACACAGAGAAUACACGCCUCUCGUCAUUGCCUGCAUGUUUUGUGAUAAAAAGUUAGUUCAUAAACUCAUUGAGGCAGGGGCGGACAUUAAUUUACGCCCACGGGAAUAUAAACAUAAAUCAUUGGAAGAAGCAGUGCCGCCCUUGUACUAUGCAACAACAGCGAGAGAUGCAGAUAUAGUAAAGUUAUUAUUAGAUUCAGGUGCUGACGUAAACGGAUAUAAAGGGCGCAUGCAGUUCAUCAACCUUCAAGAACCAAGGAAUGAGGUUUACAGCAUUAUUGAACCUAGUUAUUCUUUACGAGACUCAUCGGCCUGUAUGAUAAAAAUCCUAGAGCUAUAUUUAUCAGCAGGAGUGAAAUUAAAUACAACAUUUUGGGGUCCCUGUCUUUUUUAUGGGAGAGGUAAAGUCUAUGAGGCCAAUCGUCCUACCCGACUGAAUAUUCCGGGACCAUGUUUUACUUGUGAUACAGCUGUACUUCUUCUUCAACAUGGCGUCGAUCCAGACCUGUAUAAGCUCAAGGAUGUUUUGCAGCAAUUUUCCCAGCAUAGUAGUCUUUACCUUAGCAUGGAUUGUGUAAAUUUUAAAACCUUCUUACAAACUUUUAUUGGGGCUGGUUACCACUUCACAAGUGACGAUACAAACAACGAAUAUUAUAAGAGAGAACUUAAAAGAAAUGGCGUAAAUGUGGAGGAGCCACUAAGUUUAAAACAAUGUUGCCGUUCAAUGAUAAGAAAGCAUUUGCGGAUACUUAGUAAAGAUACAUCAAUAUUUCCUUUCGUAGACAAGUUACCAAUUCCACUUCUAUUAAAGGAAUACCUAAAAUUGAGGAAUAUCUUUGACUUAAAUAAUACUGUUAUAAAAUGCAAACCUAGAUGGUAAUUAGGAUGGGAGUUUCAUAAAGAUAAAUUCUUAAUUUAAAGUAAUAUACGCUAUAACGUGCGCCAUUUUAAAAUACGGCUGGAAAUUUAUAUAUUUUGUUUACCAAUAAAAGUUACGAAAAUGCUGUAAAUUACACCAUUUAAAUAAAAUUCGUUAUAAAGUUAUCAAAUUAUAAUUAUUUAUUAUCCUGCAAGGAGAAUAAUGUCUAUUUUUAAGUAAAUCCACCACGUGACGCCGUCGCUACUUUUAGAUUGAUAAACAAACACGGCGUCAAGAAAACGAGGUAAGCCCUUUGAGAUACAACUCACUUUUGACAUGGAUGGCGUGUUACUAUUAAUAUAACUUAUCUUUAAAUGUAAUCAGUAUCAACCAUCUAUACUCUGUUAUGACGCAUAUUAACCUUUUAUUAAUAAUCGUUGUCAAAAUGCAACGUGCCUCAUUGUCUAUAAU